AUAGCAGGAUCGACUUCUUCUUCCCCUGCGGCAUCAAGGGCAGCCGCAGUCUUCUUUCUUUCUCCUUCUCUCUCCCUCUCUGUCUCACGCAUGACGAGUGGAGGUUCCCUCGUGAUGGAAUAAUCCCGAGGUAUAAUCCUUUCACCGCCAGUUUGGUUCCUUUCGCUGGUGCUUUCGGACCAAGUUGCCCCGAUUCCUCAACUCUGGGGUCUUUUUUUCUUGCCGUGUCGGUUGUUCGACGUGAGAGGGCAAGAUCGAGGGAGGAAGCAUCGGGCUCAGAUCGGAAAUUCUGCGUAAUCGGAGUGGGAAAGCCUUCAUUUUGGAGGCGAUAGAGGCGUAUUCCUGGGAAUCGUGCUAUCUCUGGUACUGGUAGUCCGUCUCUAAUGUGUAAUCGAGGGGAACCCGGAUCCUUCGAUUGUUCUUGCUUUGUCUCUGGAUAUUCUCAGUCUCUGCGGCCUGAGAUGGAAAUUAGCGCAGCUAUGGAUGAUUCUCCUCGCGUCAAGUUCCUUUGCAGCUUUGGUGGAAGCAUCCUCCCGCGCCCACUCGACGGCAGACUCCGCUAUGUGGGAGGAGAGACCCGAAUCAUGAAUGUUCCUCGUGACAUCUCGUACCACGACCUCUUGGUUCGGGUGCGGGAACUCUUUGAUGGGGUGUCGUUAAUCAAGUACCAACAGCCGGACGAGGACCUUGAUGCCUUGGUGUCGGUUGUGAAUGAUGAGGAUGUAAUGAACAUGAUGGAGGAGUAUGAUAAGUUCAUCACAAUUGGUGAUGGCCAGACAUGGUUGAGGAUCUUUCUUUUCUCACAAUGUCCUGAUCAAGAUGUAGCCACCAUGGGUGGUCCACACUAUGAUGCUGAUGAUAGGAAAGCUGAGCGGAGGUACAUCGAUGCCAUCAACAACCUCAUUGAUGUCAAAUCCACAUCACCUCCUGAUGUUUCUGAGCAUUAUUUUGGGCAUCUGAGCAUUGACGGGGGAAUUCCCAAUCAGGUUAAUUUGUGUCACCUUACCAUUCCGUCUCAUGAGCAAAGAUAUAGUGAAAUGGAUACACCUCGUAGCCCUGCUUUGUUCUCUCCAGGAUGUUUUGCUGCUAACGAUUCACAUGAAUUCUCACCUCCACCAUCACCUGCUAGAUUUUACCAUGAAGCUGGGGAGGUCCGUGAUCAGAUUUUGGAGGAUUGCAUUCAGCACACAGGAGGUCACCAGCUGCAUCAGUAUGAUCUUCAUUGUCCAUCAACAGCAGAAAGUUAUGUAUGGAUGCCUCCGGGAGCAGUUUUGCAAGAAAAAUCUGGAUUUCCGGCUAAUUUGGGUCAUUCUCAUAAUAUGAUCAAGGGGAACAGUCUUUGUGAGCAUUGUCGCAUGGCUCUCCAGAGGAACCAUUGUCUCAUGCCAGAUGCACGUUUCCAUGAGAUUCGCUGGAAGCAUGGGCUACCAUACUCGGAACAGUCAAACAUAAAUGAAUAUAUAGGGAAUUUUCCAAAUUUUUGCACUGGUUGUUUUGGUAGCAAAGAUCCAUGUAUGCCAAAUCGAGACCUUAAGAUGGGGCAUGGUAUCUAUGUCAAAGAACAUAAUGAGCAACAUCCCAUGCUUAAUGACUCGCACAAUUGCGAACGCGGAUGGGCCGUCCACAACAACCAUAUUACUCUUAGAGUUGAGGAUAUGAGGAUGCAUCAAAAUGGAACUGGUAGGAUAAGCGAACAAUAUAUUGAUGGUAAUAUGAUGAAUGCUACACACGGGAACAUUAAUGACAAGCAAUCAUUCCCUUACAAUUGCAUCAGCCACAAUGAUUCACAUUACAUCCAAUAUGGAGCUAAUAUUAGAAACGAAGUUUUUGUACCUCAACAUACAACUGGAGCUAUUCCAGGAGCAAAUGUGCCAGGAUUUGAAGAUGCUGCUAUUCGGUAUCAGAAUCAGCCUUCUGCAUAUGGAGCAGAUAGUCCUUACCAAGGUCUGAACAAUUUGCACCCAGCCCAAUCUUUAUGGAGAAAUAGGCAGGCCCCGUUUCACCCUGGAACAUCACACGAACUUGCUGGUUCAAUAAUAAUGAAUGGUCCAGACCCAGCUCUUAUAAGAUAUAAGCAGGAGGGAAGUCCAAGAUUCCCCUAUGUUUUGGUUGAUAACGAGAUUCCAAAUGCUCUCUCUUCCCAGAAUAACUGUCAUAAGCUGGUUAGCUUUGAAGAAUUUGCAGCUGCAGAUCAUGAACAUCAAUGUGAUACUAGAACAAAUCCAAACAGCAGUGAUCAGGAUGUCAUUCUUCCCCUUGCAUCAGUUUAUACUGGUUUACAUGUAAAAGUUCCUUCUAAAGAAAUUCCACUUGUGCCAGCACCACUGUACCAAAUUGACAAAGAAUCUGCUAUUUCUAGUGUCACCGCCCACAAACCUGCUUUCCAAAUGCAAGCCACAUCCAAAAACAAUACGACUUUAGAAGGGCAGGAGAAGCAACAUGUGAUUUCAAAUGAACCUGAUGUAUAUAUUACUCUUUCUCCAAAACAUAAACUUUUUGAAGUUUCCAUAAAAGAAUUGCAGCUUUCUGAAGUGGAAGAAGACACAAACAAACAUCUUGAUGCUGACAGUAAUGUUGCUCAUGGAGACAGGGACAUGCUGGGGGAGAACUUGAAUUUUUUACCUGAGUUGAUUGCUUCUGUGAAAAAAGCAGUUUUGGAAGGUGCUGAGGAGGUGGUGACCAUGGCCCAAUCAAAUUCUGGAUUGGAUUCUACUUCUGGAAAGAAAGAAUCAUUAUGUGAACACAAACCAAAAGAUGCCAAUGCAGAUGUUCAAGCUGACUUAACAGGAAAUAGUGAACUGCCCAUGACAGUUGAACAUGGAAAUUCGGCUAAAGGGUUGCAGAACCAGAAUGCAAAUCUAGAUGUUCAGGCAGACUUGGAAGGAACCAGUGAAAAUGAGAAACUUUGUAAAAUUGAGCUCACAACUGCCGAAGCUGAAGCUUUAUCAAAGGGGUUACAGACUAUAAAAAAUGAUGACCUGGAAGAGAUUCGACAACUGGGGUCAGGCACAUUUGGAUCAGUCUAUUAUGGAAAAUGGAGAGGUUCUGAUGUCGCCAUUAAAAGAAUAAAAGCUAGCUGCUUUGCAGGGAAGCCAUCCGAGAGAGAACGUCUGAUUGCAGAUUUCUGGAAAGAGGCUCUAAUAAUGAGUUGCUUGCAUCAUCCCAACAUUGUUUCAUUUUAUGGCGUAGUCCGUGAUGGCCCUGAUGGUUGCUUAGCAACUGUAACGGAGUUCAUGGUCAAUGGAUCACUUAAACAGUUUCUGCAAAAGAAAGACCGGACUGUUGACCGCCGCAAACGACUAAUAAUAGCCAUGGAUGUUGCAUUUGGAAUGGAGUAUUUGCAUGAAAAGAACAUAGUUCAUUUUGAUCUCAAGUGCGAAAAUUUGUUAGUUAAUAUGAGAGAUCCACAUCGUCCCGUGUGUAAGAUUGGUGACCUCGGUUUAUCAAAAGUAAAGCAGCACACAUUGGUAUCAGGUGGUCUUCGGGGUACUUUACCAUGGAUGGCACCAGAGCUUCUAAGUGGAAAAAGCAAUAUGGUGUCUGAAAAGAUUGAUGUUUAUUCAUAUGGAAUUGUGAUGUGGGAGCUGCUUACUGGGGAAGAUCCUUAUGCGGAUAUGCGUUGUGCUUCGAUCAUAGGUGGCAUUGUAAACAACAGCAUACGCCCUAAAAUUCCAACCUGGUGCGAUCCUGAAUGGAAAUCCUUAAUGGAAACUUGUUGGUCUUCUGAUCCCACAUUGAGGCCAUCGUUUUCUGAGAUAUCUCAGACGUUGCGGAAAAUGGCUGCAGCAAUUAACUUGAAGUGAUCCUUGAUGGUGAAGGAAUGUGUACAAACUUCUGCUUUUGUGCAAUCGUAUUCUCAUAUAUAUAUUAGUGUGUUUACUGCAAAACAAAGCAUCUCGGAGGAUGAUCAGAGGCAUCCAUGGGAAUCGGUAAUGCUACCAUACAUCGUCCCAUGUAGUGCAAAUAUACCUUCAAAUGAUGUGUACAGAGAUGUCGCUCCCGAAUAAAGGAGACAGAUUUAGAAGAAACAAGAAAAGUGAGCAAAAUCUUGUGUCCUCUAGCUGGAUCCAUAUCUAGUGUUCUCUAGAAGGCUGCUGUCUGGUUUUUAAAGUAUGCAGCUUUCUUUCCAGAUGAUCUUAUGAUACCAAACAGGUGAUCCCCUUUGUCAAUUAUCGAAUCUGAGAUGGUGUCUUUUGCAUAGAUAUACUAUUUCUUCCUUGUAUGGAUAUUUUGUUAAUUUUUUUCUUGUUAAACCUUGUAAAGCAAUUUUCUUUGGGCCUUGUAAAAUGGCUAACAUGUCCAUAAACCUCUCAAUUGCUACUUAUUUGCUUUUCAUUC